AUGGAAAAGGACGACAUCGUCGAGGAAAUCAACGUCCAGAAGGACGCGGGUUUCCACGCGAUUCUUCAGGACGCAGUUUACAACCUCUCGCUGCGAGAUGUCAACCCAGUGAAUGUCCGAGUAGACAAUUUGUCUCUUCGUAUCGACACUUCCGCUCCGAUAUGGGAAUCAUCGCCACCGCAGCUCUGGCGUCGCCUGCGAGGUCAGAAACUCGAAGGUACCUCGAAGACGGUGCUCGAUGAAGUUGACGCGAGUAUGCCGAGUGGCAGCUUGACAGCUAUCAUCGGCAGCAGUGGAUCGGGUAAAACCUCUCUGCUCAAUCUGAUGGCCGGUCGCAUGUCACUUUCUCGGGCCUCCGUAUCGGGAAAUACAACCUUCAACGACAACACCGACAUUGAAAGCAUCCGGAGUGCGUAUGUCAUGCAAGAGGACGUUCUCGUGCCGACCUUGACUGUUCGCGAGACUCUACGAUACUCAGCUGAUCUCCGACUGCCACCGCCGACCACGCAGGAAGAGCGAUAUGCUAUUGUGGAGCAGGUCAUCCUUGAACUUGGUCUCAAGGAGUGCGCCGACACACGGAUUGGAACGACGGCCCACAAGGGCUGCAGUGGUGGUGAGAAGAGACGCACGAGCAUCGGUGUACAGUUGCUGGCCAAUCCCUCUGUUUUGUUCUGCGAUGAGCCAACGACUGGCUUGGAUGCGACCAGUGCUUUCCAGAUUAUCCGCACAUUGAAGAGACUUGCUCGAGAUGGUCGCACGGUGAUCGUUUCCAUCCACGCACCUCGUUCGGAGAUAUGGAGUCUUUUUGACAAUGUGAUUCUUUUGGCUCGUGGAUCGCCAUUGUACAGCGGAACGGUGAGCGAAUCAGUGGCACACUUUGAACAAUGUGGUCAUGUUCUGCCCCCAUUCGUCAACCCUGCGGAGUUUUUGAUUGACUUGGCUGCCAUCGACAAUCGCACUGAAGCUUUGGAGGCUGCAUCUUAUAUCCGGGUGGAUAAUCUUCGACAGGUGUGGCGAUCGCGACCUUCUCCCGAUACCAAAGAAAAACAAGCUACUCGGACACCUAAAUUGGUUGGAGCUGAGGUCGGAGCAAUGAAGAAAGUGUCGUUCCGUCGACAGCUUCGCGUUUUGACGUCGCGAACCUUCAAAACAACCCUUCGAGACCCGAUGGGAGUCGCCGGCAGUCUGCUCGAAGCGGUUGGCAUGGCCGUGAUUAACGGCUGGAUCUUUCUACGACUUGAUGAAAGUCUGGCAGGAAUCCGCUCGCGCGAAGGUAGUCUGUACAUAGCUAGCAGUCUGAACGGCUAUCUCAUUUUGCUGUAUGAGACGUAUCGAUUGACCAUCGACAUUCGCCUCUUCGACCGCGAGCGCAAUGAAGGUGUCGUCAGCGUGCCUGCCUUUCUAAUCAGCCGUCGAAUCGCACGAUUCCCGCUUGAGGACUUGCCAGUGCCACUGCUGUUCUCGGUCAUUUUCUACUUUAUGGUCGGUUAUCGCCUUGAUCCUGCACAAUUCUUCAUUUUCUUCACCUUGACUGUGCUCACGCAUUACAUCGCUAUUACUUUUGCGGCGGUAGCAAUUGGCAUUUCAAGGAAUUUUCCAGGUGCCACCUUGGUUGGUAAUUUGUCUUUUACCUUGCAAUCAUUUGCAUGCGGAUAUUUUGUUCAGGGAAAUCAAAUCCCCGUCUACGUUCGAUGGAUCAAAUGGUGCGCCUAUACCUUUUACAUCUUCGGUGCGCUGUGCGCGAACGAGUUCAUUGGACCGAACGGCUCCGAACUUGGUCAUUUUUACGACUGUCCGUACUCGGACAAUCCACUCGAUCCAGCUUGCAAAGAGUACACUGGAAGAUACAUCAUGCAAAGCUUGGGCAUACCAUCCAAUUGGAUUUGGCGACCGAUCGUCGUGCUAGUCACGUUCAUGAUCGUCCAGUAUUUCGUGGCAGGCCUUUUACUUCAGUACAAUCGCUAUGCCAUCGACAUCGCCCAAGCUCGGAAGACGGAAAACGAUCCUUCUGCAGGAAAGGCCAAAAUCGCAGUUCGCCCGGCCGUGGACGUGCGACGAGUAGCCAUCUCGCUGGACAAAUAUGCUCUAGAGAUUCGAAAGAAGAGACUUCCCUGGCAACGUCCCUUUUCGCUUCAGAUAUUGCGUCCCAUCACGGCGGAUUUCCUGCCUGGAGAAUUGAACAUCAUCAUGGGUCCAUCGGGAAGCGGCAAAACUUCACUUUUGAACUCGAUUGCUCGCCGGCUUCAUGGCUCGAUGGGUACCCAAUAUCACUUGGAUGGUCGGAUGCUGUACAACGGAGCAGUACCAUCGGAGAACGUGAUUCGGUCGGUGACCUCGUUCGUCACGCAGGACGACGAUGCCCUGAUGCCUUCAUUAACGGUCCGUGAGAGCCUGAGAUUUGCCGCUGGGCUGCGACUACCCACAUGGAUGUCAGCGGAGGAGAAGAACCGCCGGGCCGAAGAGAUACUGUACAAGAUGGGCCUCAAAGAAUGUGCAGACAACGUCAUCGGCAGUGAACUGAUCAAGGGCAUCAGCGGAGGUGAGAAGCGCAGGGUCACCAUCGCCAUUCAAGUCCUCACCGACCCCAGGGUGUUGCUGCUUGACGAGCCAACCUCGGGUCUGGACGCAUUUACGGCCAUGUCCAUUAUCGAGGUUCUGCAGGGCCUGGCAGCCGAAGGCCGCACCUUGAUCAUGACCAUCCACCAGUCCCGGUCCGAUCUAUUCACUCAUUUCUCGCAGAUUCUGCUCUUAGCACGCGGUGGAUUCCCCGUCUACGCAGGCCCGGGGCAACAGAUGCAACCCCAUUUUGCAGCAUUGGGCCACGAGUGUCCGCAGUCAACCAACCCGGCGGAUUUUGUCUUGGACCUGAUCACGGUCGAUCUACAGCAGGAAGAUCGCGAAGCCGUCACUAGAGAGCGUGUUCAACAUCUCAUAUCCAACUGGUUGGAUUCGACUCCUGCACUCGGACUGACUCCGUCCGGGAUUGCAACGCCCGCGGAACUGGGCAGCCUUCGCCGCAAGAUGCUGCCUUUCGUGGUCACGUUCCCCAUAGUGCUACGCCGAUCGUUUAUCAAUUUUUGGCGCCAGCCGCCGCUGGUGAUAGCGCGGACGAUGCAGAUUUUAGGUAUUGCGAUCAUCAUGGCGCUGUUCUUUGCACCGCUGAAGAACGACUGUCCCGCUGUGCAGUCGCGCAUGGGGUUUAUCCAAGAAUUUGCAGCGCUGUACUUCGUAGGCAUGCUUCAAAAUAUCGCCAUAUACCCGAACGAACGUGACGUUUUCUACCGCGAAGAAGAGGAUAACUGCUACUCCGCCGAGACGUUCAUGAUCUCCUACACCACGAUCGAGGUUCCGUUCGAGAUCAUUUCAUCUCUCAUUUUCGGCGUGCUAGCCGCCUUUGCCGAUAACAUGAAACGCACCGUGCAGAUGUUCCUCAUCAGUGCGUUUAACUCCUUCUGCAUCAUUAACUGCGGGGAAUCCGUGGGAAUCAUGUUCUGUACACUGUUCUCGCACGUCGGCUUUGCUGUCAACGUGACCUCGGUUCUACUAUCGAUCUCCACGAUCCUGGGUGGUGUGAUGAGUCUGAACGUCAACGACGUUCUACAGGGGAUCAACCACCUGUCGCCGAUCAAGUACGCCAUCGCCAACCUGGCUCCCUACGCGAUGAAUGGUCAGAAAUUCGACUGCACGCCCUCCGAGCGGCUUGUCAAUGGCCAGUGUCCCAUCAGUACCGGAGAGGAGGUACUUGCACUCUACAACCUGGACAAGAACGGGCCCAUGAAUAUCAUGGCUCUGGGAGUGUGCACGAUAGUCUAUCGAUUCGUGGCAUAUGCAUUCCUCAAGGCGAUGCGGUCACAUCGCAUGAUGGAGCGGUGGCGGGAAUGGCGAUCCCGCCGGAGAAAUUGA